GAUUGGCUGCGGACUCGCGCAUGCUCCGAGGCCCGCGGCCCGACUUCCGCCGCGCCCUCCCCUCGGCCUACUCUCAACGGUCUCCAAGCCGGUUCGAAAGAUGCCGGCGGUAGUGACUGGCUGCGGCGGACCCGCCCCUUCGGGCUCUCCGCCCCCGCCGCCGUCGCGGCCGCCAUUACGGAGCUCCCAGUGGUUGACUCUUCACACUGAAGCCAUUAGGAAAAACCCUUGUGAUUAACAGCAGAGGCUUCAGAGUGUCACCAGUAUUCAGGCCUAAAAAUUAUUUUAAAUGGCGACUGAUAUGUCUCAAGGUGAACUCGUCCAUCCUAAGGCACUCCCACUUAUAGUAGGAGCUCAGCUGAUCCACCCGGACAAGUUAGGUGAGAAGGCAGAGGAUAGCACCAUGCCGAUACGUCGAACUGUGAAUUCCACCCGAGAAACUCCACCCAAAAGCAAGCUUGCUGAAGGGGAGGAAGAAAAGCCAGAACCGGAUGGAAGUUCCGAGGAGUCCAUUUCUACUGUAGAAGAACAGGGGAAUGAAACCCCGCCUGCUCCAUCAAGUGAGGCGGAGCAGCCCAAGGGGGAGCCCGAGAGUGGAGAGAAGGAAGAGAACAAGUCUUCUGAGGAGACCAAGAAGGAUGAGAAAGAUCAGUCUAAAGAAAAGGAAAAGAAGGUGAAAAAAACAAUACCUUCCUGGGCUACUCUUUCUGCCAGUCAGCUAGCCCGGGCCCAGAAACAAACACCAAUGGCUUCUUCCCCACGACCCAAGAUGGAUGCAAUCCUAACUGAGGCCAUUAAGGCAUGCUUCCAGAAGAGUGGCGCAUCAGUGGUUGCUAUUCGAAAGUACAUCAUCCAUAAGUACCCUUCUCUGGAUCUGGAGAGAAGGGGCUAUCUCCUUAAGCAAGCUCUGAAAAGGGAGUUAAGCAGAGGAGUCAUCAAACAGGUCAAAGGAAAAGGUGCAUCUGGCAGUUUUGUUGUGGUUCAGAAAUCAAGAAAAACACCUCAGAAAUCCAGAAACAGAAAGAAGGGCUCAGCGGUGGAUCCAGAACCACAAGUAAAACUGGAAGAUAUUCUCCCAUUGGCCUUUACUCGACUUUGUGAACCUAAAGAAGCAUCCUACAGUCUCAUCAGGAAAUACGUGUCUCAGUAUUACCCUAAGCUUAGAGUGGAUAUCAGGCCUCAGUUGUUGAAGAACGCUCUGCAGAGAGCAGUGGAGAGAGGCCAGUUAGAGCAGAUAACUGGCAAAGGGGCUUCGGGGACAUUCCAGCUGAAGAAAUCAGGGGAGAAACCCCUGCUUGGUGGAAGCCUGAUGGAAUAUGCAAUCUUGUCUGCCAUUGCUGCCAUGAAUGAACCGAAGACCUGUUCCACCACUGCUCUGAAGAAGUACGUCCUGGAGAACCACCCAGGGACCAAUUCUAACUAUCAAAUGCAUUUGCUGAAAAAAACUCUGCAGAAAUGUGAGAAGAAUGGGUGGAUGGAGCAGAUCUCCGGGAAGGGGUUCAGUGGGACUUUCCAGCUGUGCUUCCCGUAUUACCCCAGCCCAGGAGUUCUAUUUCCAAAGAAAGAGCCAGAUGGUUCUAAGGAUGAGGAUGAAGAUGAAGAUGAGGAUGAGGAUGAGGAUGAGGAUGAAUCAUCAGAGGACUCUGAGGAUGAAGAACCACCACCCAAGAGAAGCUUACAGAAGAAAACUCCAGCCAAGUCCCAAGGGAAGGCUGCAUCCAUGAAGCAGAGAGGGUCCAAGCCUGUGCGUAAAGUCCCUGCUGCCCAGAGAGGGAAAGUGAGGCCGCUGCCCAAGAAAGCCCCCCCCAAGGCCAAGACCCCUGCCAAGAAAGCCAGGCCCUCACCCUCACUCAUCAAGAAGUCGAGCGGGAGCUCCUCAAAAAAGCCCACAGCCAGUGCCAGAAAGGAGAUGAAACUGCCUGAUAAGGGCAGAUCUACCAUGAAAAGAUCUUUCAAGGCAAAAAAGUAAAUUUUAUAGGAAAAAAAGGGUAUCAUGAUAGAAUUCAAAAUCUUAUUUUAUAAGGUCAGUGUGCAUUUGUUUUUUUGUUUUAGUCAUGACGCUUUCAAAUUUUAUUUUUUUUUCUUCCCAUAUGAGCAUUGUGGGAAGGAAUAUAAACAAACCAAUGUAGACAUUUGUUAGCUUUAGGUACUGUUCUCAGUGCCUGCCUUUUCAUCAUCUUCAUUUCUGCAAUAAUCCUGGACUUUGCUGAACUACGUAAUCUACCCUAUUCCUUUUGCUCCUCUUAAUCUCAACCUUCAUUUUUUUUUUUUUUUAAAUGGUCUGAUUUGGGUUUUUUCCCCUUCAAGUUAAUCUAAACAGUUGCAAAGACUUAGAUUUGUAGUAAGCACCAACAGGUCAGGUGCUGGAAGUCACAAGGAGGCAGGCACACUUCAGAAAGGCAUUGCCUCUGCCUGGAGACUUCGAGCUGUGGUGAUUAACCCCGGCUAUGAAGUCACUCCACUCACCAUUCUCUCCAGCUUGAACUUUGGAGAAGCCCUCGUCUCUGUGGUCCUCUAGAUUCUAAAGAUCUCCGCUCCUUUGGUCGCCCUGACCAAUUGCCAAGCACGCUUUGCUGCCCAGAGCAUUGUUCCCGUAACAGCAAGCACAAAUUGUCUGCACCACUUGGUUUUUGACUGAAGGGGAAGUACAGGAAUACGUGGAAUCUGAUUUCUGGUGUUGCUUAUAUUACCAAAAAUGACAGAAUAUUCUUGAUCAAAUGUCUAGAUAUAUUUUUAAUAUGUGGGGCAUGAGUUGUCAGUCCGUUUGCAAGUUUCCAUUACUAAUGUAGAAAUGUUAAGUGAUAAAACAUAUAAUUUGCUAAAAUAACCAGAUUUCAGAUUCACCUGUGUGCCCCCCCUUUCCAUAACACUUUUGAUAUUAGGCAAAUGGUUUCCUUUUUGAGAUAUUUUAACAGAAGAGAGGAGAGGGGGAAGAGCAAAUGAAGCUGUACUACCUAACCCUUUUUGUUUGUGUUUGUUUUAGGAUAUUGUGAGGUUGUGUAAAAUAGCACUAGCUUUCUACUUGAGAAAUACAGUUUCUGCUUAUCAUUUAUUCCUUCCCUGUAGCACUUGACAUUUUAAUUGUCUUAAACUUUUGAUGUACAUCCUCUGGCCCCUUACAUACUGCCAGAGGAGAAUGUGUUUGUUUGAGAUUCAUUCCACUUGCAGUGUCUCCUGGGAUCCCAGCAGCUUACAUAUGGCUGGGAAACGGAUUUGAGAAAAUGGGCUUGAAUUGGGUGAUAACCUGUGAGAUCCCAUCAUGAGUCAUUGGGAUUUGUGUUGCAUGUAAGGCAAUCUUUCCUGUUGUAAAUCUUCCUUUUUUAUGUACAUAUAUUUUGAGAAAUAUGAAUAAACAUGGAAUUUUAAAA